UUCUAGUUUGUUAGAGGUAUUAAAGAUACGAUGCACUACACGAGUCAUCAAUUAUCGCGGCAGGAUCGUAGUUUUUAACGCUGUCGUUGCGAAUCAGCUUUUUCCAUCCAAUUUAAUGGCAGCUGUUGGGACCUCCACCGUAAUCGAUUAUCCUGAUAACCGGUCAAAUCAAGACGCCAGAACACUUCAUCUUUCAACGGAAUAUGAUCCCUCGAUCUCUUCUUGCUCCACUAGCGCCGAAACCGUAAUUGAACCGGAAGGAGAAACCACAGUUAAUCGUGGCAAGAAAAAGUGGGAAACAAACGAUGCAUAUGACACUGAUCCAGACGGAGGCUAUGGCUGGGCCGUGGUUGUCGGUGCGUUUUUCGGCUAUUUCACUUCGUUCGGAACAGAGACAGCAUGGGGUACGUGUGUUCCAAGCCUACUUUGAAAAAGAUGUGUUCCACGAUGUCCCUGAUGCUCAAUUCCAGCUUAGUUUCGCGGGUACAUUGAUCGGAAUUAUGGUCAACAUUGCAGGCCCUUUUUUCCAAAUUCUUUCGGCACGAUUUGAUAUCCGCUUGAUCAUCGCGUUGGGUGUCAUCGUCAUGGUUCUAGGAUUGGAACUAGCCGCAUUCACUACUCAGAUCUGGCACUUGUAUCUCACACAAGGAGUUAUGUUUGGUAUCGGUGCGGCUUUCUUAUAUGUGACUGCGGUAAGUGUCCCACCACAAUGGUUUAAUCGCAGACGUGGACUGGGCCUAGGUAUUGUUACCAGCGGAAGUGGUGUUGGUGGUGUCGUCUUGCCAUUCAUCAUUUCCAGUUUGACAAACCGCGUGGGAAUCGCAUGGGCCUACCGCAUCUUGGGUUUUAUCUACCUCGGCAUGAAUGCAAUUACAUGUAUCCUGGUAAAGGAAAAGUAUCCACGACAUAAAAAAGUCAAAGCAGCAGAUGAUGGAGAAGAACAGCCUGCAGUAACGCCACCCAAGCUCAAUGAGAUUUUCGAUUUCAGUAUCCUCAAGGAUAAAAUUUUCCUGUGGUGGGUGAUUGCGUCGGUGGUUGCCACCAUGGGCUGCUUCACUCCGUUCUUUUUCCUUCCAUCGUAUGCUUCUUAUCACGGGCUGAGUAGCGAUGACGGUACAGCAUUUUCUGCAGUAUUAGCUGGAUCGAACUGCCUUGGCCGUAUCAGUGCAGGAUACAUCGGUGAUCGUAUUGGCAGAUUGAACACUCUAAUUCUUGCAUCCUUUCUUUCGGCUAUUGCUGCUUUCGGCAUCUGGACGGUAGCCACUGACUACAACACAAUAAUGGCAUUCGCUGUUGUCUAUGGUGCGUUCAGCACUGCAUACUAUACCCUGGUUUCCCCAAUUACUGCCACAAUUGUCGGUAUUGAAAAAUUCCCAACAGCAUUAUCAGUGAUGAUGCUUUCCAACACAAUUUCCAUUGUGGGACCCAACAUUGCAAGUGCCAUCGAGAACGCUUUGGAUGCCGAGCCAUACUUUAGCUACAAAAUGUACACAGGUGCUUGUUUCAUAGUCGGCGCUUUACUGCUUCUUUCAUUGAAGAUCAAAAUGACCCACGGCGUUUUCACCAAAAUUUAAAUCUUUCUCAUCCUUAUCCAUUCUCCUAUCAUUUACAUA